UCUUUGACUGGCAGGGUCCAGCCACCCCUCUGCCGGGGAUCUGACCUGUGACCCUGCUCCCUUCCCAGGAUGACCCGCAGGGGUUGCAGGUCUGCUCUGGCCUCGUGUGGGACAUCCCCGUUGCACAUACCAUAUGGGGAUCCCCUCUCCUAAAGGACUCCUUUCCCUAGAUUUGCAGAAAACCCACUCUGACCAGCCUAGCAAGACUGUCCUGGCGCCCGAGCCCAGCUCAGACCCCGACCAGCAGCGUUUCGGGCCUGGACCGAGCCUGACUGGCUGCCGCCUGAAGAUCAUGGAGGUUAGCCACCGAGAGAAGUUCGUUCGCAUCCUCAACCAGUCUUCGGAGGACACGGCCGACCUGGGCGGCUUGGUGCUGAAGCAACUGGUGCGGGACUUCCCGGUGUGCACUUACCGCUUCCCGCCUGGCACGCUGCUGGCGCCGCAGCACCACAUCACGGUUUGGGGCGAGGGUCCUGGCAGCGCCAAGCAUCGGCCACGCCUGUCCUCGGGCCACCAGCGCGUGCACUUACGUGGGGACAGCUGCCGCGUGACGCUCCUCCUAAGCCCCGGGGGCGAGAUCCUCAGUGAGCACCAGGUUCCGCGCUGCGUGGCCCCAGUCUCGGAGACCUUUGCCGACAACACUGACCUGUCCAUCGACUGCUUCCCGCUCUCUGAUACGUGCGAGCAGCCGCACCGGCCUCGACCCCCGCGAAAGGCCCGGGUGCGGGGAGCCCGAGGCGGUCGCCGAAGGCCAGGGACGCGGGGCACCUUGCCACUUCUGAGCGCCCGCAAGUUCUUCCCCCCACGGAAGGUACCGGCGCCACCCGAGGGCGCAGAGCCCCGGACGCCGGAGCCGCUGCCCGCCAUCCCGGGGGACCCUGCCCCUGGCGAGGACCGCCAGGUCCGGAAGGAGACCAAGGUCCGGGUGUGCCGGAAGAGGGUGGACCCCGGCUGCCCGAUGGUGGCGCUGUCCGUGCAGACCACGGCCGAGAGCAGAUACGGCUUCCGCUUCCUAAGCUGCCCGCCGGUCACCGCGGACAAGUGCCGGCGGGCCUAGGCGCGCGGGAGGCGCGGGAGGCGCGGGCUGGGCGGGCAGCGCUAGCUGCAAGCUUUAUUGAACCAACGUUGCCCACAAAGUAAACUGCACUUAAGCACA